AGAGCACAGGGCGGUGCAAGCAAGGGGGGGAAAUAUUGAUGAGGAUGAUGGACCUGAUGACGAAGAGUAGAGCAAUGUGAGGAUGUGUGGUUCUGGACGAGACAGGAAUCUCUAAUGAAAUCAGAUCUGACAGUCAGCAGAGGAGAUAAAAGAUAGCAGACGGUCCCCACCAACUGAUUUCUCCGUUCACUCCACUGCCAAGGACUGUUCAAGGAGCAUCAAUGGACCUGUCAAUUAACAUCCACCCCUUUCUCCUCCUCCUUGCCAUCAGUGGAGUUCUUGGAGCGUGCCCAGAUGGAUGCCAGUGCAGAGACAGCAAAAUCCUCUGCCAAGGCAGGUCAAUCACAGAGUUCCCGUCCUCAGUGCCUGGCUCUACCACCACCUUCUACAUCUCCAACACCAACAUCAUCGCUCUCAAACCCCAUGACUUGGCUGGUUUUGCCGAGGCACUUGGCAUCUUUGUGGUCAAAGACACUGGGAUCAGAGAGGUGUUCCCUGGCACCUUUGACCUCAGCCAUAACCUGGGUGCCCUGGGCUUCACAGGCACUGAGCUGAAUGACCUGCCUGAGUCCCUAUUUCUAAAUCUGGUGAAGCUGGAAUCUCUGACUCUGAGCGGCAACAAGCUCCUGGUGCUUCGCCCCGCCUGGCUCUACUCCCUCGCUGCUCUUAGGACCCUGGACAUAGGCAAGAACCUCAUCACGUCUAUACCUGAGGAGGCCUUUCGCUCCAUCACCGAGCUGCAGCAUCUCAGCCUAGCCAGGAAUAACAUCAGUCAGCUCUCAAGGGACACCUUCAGGGGCCUGAGCAAGCUCAAAUCCCUGCGUCUAAACCGGAAUGCUCUCAAGGAGAUCCCUGCCGGAGCUUUGGAUGACCUGGUGAGCCUGGAGGAGCUUUCUCUGCAGGAUAAUGACAUCACUCAUCUCCCCGCUAACCUGUUCUCCCAGCUGCAGAGCCUACAGAAGCUUUAUCUCUCCAGCAACCGGCUGACUUCCCUCCCACAGGGGAUUUUCCUCAACCUCCCAAACUUGGCCCAGAUCUCCCUGUAUAAGAAUGAGCUCCAGAGUCUGUCCCCAGGGGUUUUCGGCCCCAUGGCCCUGAAGGAGCUGUGGCUAUAUGACAACCGGCUGACACACCUGGAGGACAACACCUUCAGCAACCUGACCCAGCUACGUCUGCUGGUGCUGAGCCAGAACCAGAUCAGCUCUGUGUCCACAGGGGCCUUCAGUGGGCUGGCUGAGCUGGGGGAAGUAUCCCUGCACACCAACCUCCUCACCAGCCUGCAGGAGGGCACCUUCCAGGGGCUGCCAAAGCUGGUCAACAUCUCCCUCAAGCACAACUACAUCCGCGCCCUCCCCGCAAGGCUUCUCCAGGGCCUGUCCCAAUUUGGCCAGCUGGUCCUCCACAACAACUCCCUCCCCAACCUGCCCUCAGAGCUCCUCAGCACCCUAACGGUGGCCAAGGACGUGCUGCUGGCUGACAACCCCUGGAGGUGUGACCAGGACAUCGUGCCACUGCGAGACUGGCUGACACGGCACCCCACCAAGACCAACCUCAGCGCUGUGGUGUGCCUCACGCCCUCUUACCUGAGCGGUGACAUUAUAGCCAACCUGACCAACGACGAGCUGAUGCAGGACACUACGACCGUCCCUGAUAUCACCCCCACAGAGAAGAGGAGGAAACCCCACACCCCACCUCCCAAGACGAGCACCCCCUUUCCUGCUGCAGAGGCCACGCCCACCCAGGAGCAGGGGGAGGACACCAGUACUGGGCGGGGGAACGGAGAGGGUGUGUCCAGGAACACGCAGAUCAUUAUCACCGCAGUGGUCUGCACCGCCGUCAUCACCAGUCUCAUUGUCUGCUGCGUCUGCUGGAGGAGGAACAAGAGAGGAAGCCGCAAUCUUGGCCGCAGGAACAAAAACAACUCAGUCAUCUAGACUGGCCCAGAGGCCGGAGCACCACAUAGGAGGUGUAAUGUACGCUAACAUGCCAGAGCAAACAACCUUAUGAUGCCGUUGUUCCCAAUCAUCUUAGCACAGGAACCCAUCAUGUCUCUAUUAAGAACCCAUGACCAAGGACAGACUAGCUGGGCCCUGCCUUUUGGGAAACUCCACUCUGAUGGAAUAAGUGGCUCUGCUUGGGAUUCCAUAAUAUGAUUGCUAUUACCUGAUUUUACAAGUCCCUCUUGAAGCUCUUUAGCAAGCUUGUUGUGGUCUGAUGUUUUGCACAAAAAAAAAAAAAAAGAAGAUAUCUCAUAAACUGUAACAAUAAUCACAUGGAAAUGGCAUGGAUGGUAUGCACAAAAUGCCAUGCAUGUUUUCAUUUUGACUACUGGAAAAAUAUUUCAUACUGAACAAAUGUAAUUUUCAACAUAUAGUCUAAUCACAUAGCUGUUGAUUUUCAAGUAAAGCUUUUUUAAAUCUGAUUUACUAACUGAAAUUAGGCUACUUAUUGUGUAAUUUUAUAUCAAGGCUUAUUGCAGUAAUUAAUAGAUAUACACUACCGUCCAAAAGUUUGGGGUCACUUAGAAAUGUCCUUGUUUUCCAUGAAAACAUACAUGAAUUGAGUUUGA